GUUAGCAAUGAGAGUGACUAUAAUAUUGUUCACCAUUUUUGGUGCUUCGUUGGCUUUCUUCGUGCCGGCUCCUCUCGGUAAAGACGGUGUGGUAGUGGACACAGCGGAAGUUGCAGUUCAAAAAUUGGAACAAUAUAAAAGUCUGGCAAAAGCUGGAGGAGCGGUACCUUUCGAUGCACAACACACAUUGAACGGAUACGAACAAAAACCAGUUGGUCAACAUUAUAGAUACCACGGUCCUCCGGCGCCUCUAAACCACGAUGGAACCGUCGAUGAAACUCCCGAAGUGAAACAUGUUAAAGCAGAAAGGCUAGCUGCACUUUCGGAAGCAUUUGCCAAAGCUUCACAUGGCUAUGAAGAUCACCAACAAGGAGAAGGCUACGAUCAACGCCAAGGAAACCAUGAUUUCAGGUACCAUGGACCACCAGCUCCUCUCAACCACGAUGGAACUGUCGCUGAAACCCCUGAAGUAAAACAUGUUAAAGCUGCUCGUCUCGCUGUACUGUCUGAAGCUUUUGCCAAGGCCCCGAAAGACGACCACCACCACAUGUUUAAAAGAUCUCCCUUCUUUGGAUUAGAACAAGUGGAAAUGGGACAUUAUCACGGGCCUCCAGCUCCUCUCAACCACGAUGGAACAGUUGCUGAGACCCCUGAGGUUAAGCACGUAAAAGCUGAACGUCUCGCUGCUUUGUUUGAAGCAUUCGCUAAAGCACCACGAGGAAACGAAGAACAUCAACAUGAAAUGAAAUAUGAACAAACUCACGAAAACGAUGUGUUUAAAUACCACGGACCUCCUGCACCUUUGAACCACGAUGGAACCGUUGCUGAAACGCCAGAAGUAAAACAUAUAAAAGCUGCUCGUCUUGCGGCCCUUUCUGAAGCGUUUGCAAAAGCGUCCAACAGUUAUAAAGGACAUCAACAUGAAGAAAGAUAUGAACAACCCCAGGAAAAUCAUGAAUUCAGGUACCACGGACCUCCUGCACCUCUGAACCACGAUGGAACCGUUGCUGAAACCCCUGAAGUGAAACAUGUCAAAGCUGCUCGGCUAGCUGCUCUGUCUGAAGCCUUUGCCAAAGCCCCGAAAGACGAACACCACAACAUGUUUAAAAGAUCUCCCUUCUUCGGAUUAGAACAAGUUCAGUCCGGACAUUACCACGGGCCACCAGCUCCUCUUAAUCAUGAUGGAACUGUUGCUGAGACCCCGGAGGUUAAACACGUUAAAGCAGAACGUCUCGCUGCAUUAGCAGAAGCAUUCGCUAACGCACCACGAGGACACGAAGAACUUCAACAUGGACACGAACAGCCACAAGAAGACCAUGAAUUCCGGUACCACGGACCCCCUGCUCCUUUGAACCACGAUGGUACCGUUGCCGAAACUCCAGAAGUAAAACACGUCAAAGCUGCUCGUCUUGCGGCCCUUUCUGAUGCAUUUGCAAAAGCUUCUCACGGCUAUAAAGGACACCAACAGGCAGACAGAUAUGAACAACCCCAGCAUAAUCAUGAAUUCAGGUACCAUGGACCACCUGCUCCUCUCAAUCACGAUGGAACCGUCGAUGAAACCCCUGAAGUAAAGCAUGUGAAAGCGGCUCGACUAGCUGCUCUCUCGGAAGCUUUUGUUAAAGCCCAAAAUGAUGAACACCACCAUAAGUUAUAUAAAAGAUCUCCAUUAUUUGCAUUCGAACAAGUCGAAUCCGGACAUUACCAUGGGCCUCCAGCUCCUCUUAACCACGAUGGAACCGUUGCUGAGACCCCUGAAGUUAAGCAUGUCAAAGCAGAACGUCUCGCUGCAUUAGCUGAAGCAUUCGCCAAAGCUCCACAAGGACUCGAAGAACAUCAACAUGGAUUAAAAUAUGAACAACACCACGAAAACCAAGAGUUUAUGUACCACGGACCUCCUGCCCCUCUGAACCACGAUGGGACGGUAGCUGAAACUCCCGAAGUUAAACAUGUAAAAGCUGCUCGUCUUGCGGCCCUUUCUGAAGCAUUUGCAAAAGAUUCCCACGGUUAUAAAGGACAUCAACAUGAAGAAAGAUAUGAACCACCCCAGAAAAAUCAUGAAUUCAGGUACCACGGACCACCUGCUCCUCUCAACCACGAUGGAACCGUCGAUGAAACCCCUGAAGUAAAACAUGUGAAAGCUGCACGACUAGCUGCACUCUCCGAAGCUUUUGUUAAAGCCCAAAAUGAUGAACACCAACACAGGUUAUUUAAAAGAUCUCCAUCCUUUGCAUUCGAACAAGUCAAUUCUGGACAUUACCAUGGGCCUCCAGCUCCUCUAAACCACGAUGGAACUGUUGCUGAUACCCCGGAAGUUAAGCACGUCAAAGCAGAACGUCUCGCUGCAUUAGCUGAAGCAUUCGCCAAAGCACCACAAGGACUCGAAGAACACCAAGGUAGACUAAAAUACGAACAUCAUCACGAAAACCAAGAGUUUAGGUACCAUGGACCUCCUGCCCCUCUGAACCACGAUGGAACGGUGGCCGAAACUCCCGAAGUUCAACAUGUCAAAGCUGCUCGACUUGCAGCACUUUCUGAAGCAUUUGCAAAAGCUUCCCACGUCUAUGAAGGACAUAAACAAGAAGAAAGAUAUGAACAACCCCAUGAGAAUCACGAAUUCAGGUACCACGGACCACCUGCUCCUCUCAACCACGAUGGAACCGUUGAUGAAACCCCUGAAGUGAAACAUGUCAAAGCUGCUCGGCUAGCUGCUCUGUCUGAAGCCUUUGCCAAAGCCCCGAAAGACGAACACCACAACAUGUUUAAAAGAUCUCCCUUCUUCGGAUUAGAACAAGUUCAGUCCGGACAUUACCACGGGCCACCAGCUCCUCUUAAUCAUGAUGGAACUGUUGCUGAGACCCCGGAGGUUAAACACGUUAAAGCAGAACGUCUCGCUGCAUUAGCAGAAGCAUUCGCUAACGCACCACGAGGACACGAAGAACUUCAACAUGGACACGAACAGCCACAAGAAGACCAUGAAUUCCGGUACCACGGACCUCCUGCUCCUUUGAACCACGAUGGUACCGUUGCCGAAACUCCAGAAGUAAAACACGUCAAAGCUGCUCGUCUUGCGGCCCUUUCUGAAGCAUUUGCAAAGGCUUCUCACGGCUAUAAAGGACAUAAACAAGAAGAAAGAUAUGAACAACCCCAUGAGAAUCACAAAUUCAGGUACCACGGACCACCUGCUCCUCUCAACCCCGAUGGAACCGUUGCUGAAACCACUGAAGUUAAACAUGUCAAAGCGGCUCGUCUAGAUACCCUUUCUGAAGCUUUUGCUAAAGCUCGGAAAGAUGAACACCACCACAGCGAUUCUGAGCAUCUCGCUGCCCAUCACAAAACUCUUGUAUACCUUUGGUGAAAUUUAAGACUGUAUUAGGC